CGUACCAGUCAUACAUCGAACUUCAAACGAACUAGGUAUGAGAAGACAGCUAUACUUAUUGGCAUUCUUCAAAAUACGCGUUCAAAGACCUCUCUAAUUAGUUUUAUUUUUCGUCUUUUCGAUACAAAACUGUGCUUUUUGUAUUCAUUAACCAAUUCUCAGUGAAAUCUUCGAAACGGGAAGAACCCUCGGCCCAAUAAAGUGGGCGUUUUGUGUGACCAGUGGACGGAUCAGCAACGACCGUGCUUUCUGGAACAUUGUUCCUUCAAUCAACUCGGAGUGUGAAAGAGAAGUGAACAGCAGUACCACCCAUCAUAACUUGCUCUGCAGAAGACAGAAAAUAAAUCCAAGCAAUCGAGCCGAGAUGAUGGCUGAGUCAGACAACACCGCGGACGCAACGAGACGGCUCAACGUCAAAAAACAAACACUGGACGAUGCGUACGCGAUUCCGGCCAACUUCCUCGAGAUCGAUGUUGUCAAUCCGAUGACGACCCUCACCGCCGGAAAGAAACGCUACACCGACUACGAGGUUCGGAUGAGGACCAAUUUACCGGUGUUCAAAGUGAAGGAAUCGAGCGUUCGUAGGCGGUAUAGCGAUUUUGAAUGGUUACGAAAUGAACUAGAACGCGAUAGCAAGAUUGUUGUACCACCGUUACCGGGUAAAGCCUGGAAGCGCCAGAUGCCGUUCCGAGGCGAUGACGGCAUAUUCGACGAGAACUUCAUUGAAGAGCGACGAAAGGGCCUGGAACAGUUCGUGAACAAGAUUGCCGGUCAUCCGCUGGCUCAGAAUGAGCGCUGUUUGCACAUGUUUCUGCAGGAACCGACCAUCGACAAAAACUACGUGCCGGGCAAGAUUCGGAACACGUAAACUCGGCAGAGAAGUGAUUCGUAGGGAAGGCUAAACAUUUAAUAAAUUGAAGCGUGAACGCAUUUUGAGCGAAACAAUAUUGAUGGCCAAUGUUUUCAUUGGCACUGGGAAAAAAUACUAUUUCAAAAGCAUAAUGUUGUUCGGACAGUCCACUUCAAAUAGAAAAAAAAUACAAUCAUUGCUACAACCCCAGCUGUAUUUUGUUGAAACAUAAAAAAGACGUCAAAACUGAAUGUACAUGAUUUCAAUUAUUGGUGUAAACAUUGUCCAGUAGUUACACCGUUAUCUUCCUCGUGUUCUAUUUUUGACCUACGUUUCGCUCUACUUUACCGACGUAUCGUCCGAAAUUGGUCGAUCGGAAGUGUUUUAGUUUUCGUUAAACCCUCGUUUCCAUACUAGCACUGUUACUGAAAUCCUGUUUAAAUUAAAUGGAUGUUUGAUCCUGUAGGUAGGUCUAAUACAUCCCCAAUGAAGAAAAAAAAUCAAAACAUCUAAAGUCUGUUCAGUAGUAUGCUCAUUAAGUGAAAUUGAAAUCACAACGUCGAGUUGCCCAAGGAUCCUUGAUAAAAUCUAUUAUAUGUAUUUCAAAAGAAUCGAAUGAAUGAGAAUACAAAUAAAUAUUGAUUGAAUUUGA